AUGGAAAGAUUUGAUGGCUUUGAAUAUACAAAAAAAGAUCUGAUUGGUCAUGGCGCGUUUGCAAUUGUGUACAAAGGCCGAUAUGUUGACCACAAAGACAUACCGGUAGCCAUUAAAAGCAUUGCUAAAAAGAGUUUGACAAAAUCGAAGAAUUUGCUCAACAAAGAAAUUAAAAUAUUAAAAGAGUUGUCAAAUUUGAAACAUGAGAAUUUAGUGGGAUUGUUAAAAUGUGUCGAAACAUCAGCCAAUGUUUUUCUCGUUAUGGAAUAUUGUAAUGCAGGAGAUCUAGGAGAUUAUUUGCAAAAUAAAGUGACGCUGCCUGAAGUAACCAUUCAACAUUUUCUUGUCCACAUUGCUCGAGCCAUUGAGGCAAUAAAUAAGAAAGGGAUCGUGCACAGGGAUUUGAAACCUCAAAAUUUAUUGUUGUGCAAUCCAGGACAGCGACCAAAUCCUCCUGCUACGGAUUUGAUAGUUAAGCUUGCUGAUUUCGGCUUUGCACGAUUUUUAGGAGAUGGUCAUAUGGCAGCUACUUUAUGUGGUUCACCAAUGUAUAUGGCUCCCGAGGUAAUAAUGUCGUUACAGUAUUGCGCCAAAGCAGAUUUGUGGUCAGUAGGAACAAUUAUUUUUCAGUGUUUAACGGGUAAAGCACCAUUUCAAGCGCAAACACCUCAAGCUCUGAAGCAGUUUUAUGAACGAAAUAAAGAUUUACGACCAAACAUUCCAACAUAUUGUAGUCCUCUUCUGAAAGAUUUAUUACUUGCUUUGUUAAAACGAAGUUCGAAGGAUCGGAUUGAGUUUGAGGCAUUUUUUUCACAUCCUUUCAUCACAACAAAUCCCAAUUCUGUAAAACAGCAUGAGUUGACUUCACCUCAACAUAUUUCCUCGCUGUCGCCUAAAACGCCUCCGCCUGCUGUGUCAUCUCCAACUGCUUCUGGUCGUGUUGUAAGCGGUUCAAAGCUUGGCUCUCCUCAUCUUGCUAUUUCUCGGCAAAAUACCAUAGCAACAACAGGAACACAUGCUGGAGUUGGGUCUGAUUCAGAUGAUUUCACGUUCCUACCAUCACUUCAUGGUACCCCAAUUUCAUUUGCAAGUAGUCGGUCUAAAGUACAUUCACCUUCAGUAGCUCGUCGACCACUCUCAGCAGCCAACCCGAAUAUUGAUUCCGGUUCAGGAAAUUUCCUUAAGCAAAUUAAGGUUCAUAAUACUAUCAGCAAUGUACGUGCUGUACCAGUACCAAGUCAGAGGUUAGCUUAUGCAAAGAUGGAAGAAAAGCGAAAUGCCUUCGAUGCGCAUUACAGUCAUAUAACAAACAUUCAGCGAUGCAAUAUUCGAAGUGUUGCAAAUACCACAAAUGUCGAAUCCAAAGUCCCUUCUAUUGAAUACAUUAAUUUGCCUUCAACGCAAUUUGUCGUGAAAGAUUCGCGCAUAUCACAAUACGAUGUAAUGCUAUCAAGUCGGGUCCGAAGGUAUGCAGUAGACACCACUGCAACGACAUCGGCUGUCAGUUCUUCUUCAGAAUCAACAUCUUUUGUUACUACCACCGCACCUCUCACAUCAAGCGGAUCAUAUAGUAGUCGGAAAGUCUUAGAAGCAGUUCCCGAAAUGGAAACUGGGAAUGCUGACCAGGCUAUUGAACUAGGAGAAAACACCGAAAUGGAAGGUGUGCAACUCUCUUCAGAGACAAAAGAGCAAGCAAAACAGUGUUCACCACAGUUCUCACCUACACCUCCAGUGGAUAACCUCAAAUAUCUGUCGGUCUCACCACCGCGGUCGUGUGCUUCGCUUACAGUCCGCGCUGCUCCUCGUGGUACCAACGAACUUUCCACAAGCAGUUUGAGUGAAGAAGAAGAGGAUGGUGAACUGAAUGUGUCUUCGCGUUCACAACUCAUGGAAAGUGAAUCAGCUGAUGAAGGUUACGCAGGUAAUCAACUUGCUAAUGAUGCAUCUAAUAACAUUGAGCCAGGAACUCUGAACAAUCAGAAUGUUAUUCCAUCUUUACAUGAUAUUCUACCGUCGUUGGAACCGGAGACUUUGAUGGACGCUGAACAUGUUCAAGUGUUGGCAAAAUUACGAUUUGUUCUUGAGUUAGUCGAAACACUGAUUAACAAAAAAGAACGAUCAGAUGCAUAUCGUCGUGCAGAACAACUAGUUGUGUAUGUCCGAGCUCUUCAUAUGCUCUCCUCAGCUCUUCUCCUUGCCCAGAAACAAAUAUCAUCAGAAAUUUUGCAUCCUUCACCUGCUGUGCAGCACGUAUUGAAUCAACUCAAUGAUAAAUAUCAUCAGUGUUUGGUAAAGUCACAAGAAUUGGCAUCUCUUGGCUUACCAGGUCCAGAUCCUACUAUGGCAGUGAUUUCGGCAGAACGAAUUAUGUAUAAACACGCUAUUCAGCUUUGUCAGAAUGCUGCUUUGGAUGAACUUUUUGGUAAUCCUCAUCUAUGUUCUCAACGGUACCAAACAGCAUAUAUGAUGUUACAUACGUUGUCAGAACAAGUGUCUAGUGAAGCUGAUAAACUGGUUCUUUCAAAAUAUAAGAAUGCCGUGGAGAAACGCCUCAGAAUACUAGAGAAACAAGGACUAGUGCAAGCUAUCAGCACUGAAUAA